AUGAAUAUCUCUUUGCACAUCGCGGACAUCACUCGCUCAAAGUUGUUUAGAGAUGGAGAUCAUCGAAGUUCACCAUUGCAUAAUGUUGGACGAAUGAAAGUCGCCAAGGCCAGUCAUGCCUGCGUUCAAGUGCAAACCAAAUUGCCUCACUGUCAAGGCAGAGAUUGUGAGAUAGCUGGACAGCCCACCCUCAGUGUGUCUUACACCCAAGGUCGCCUUGCGAGAUGGUGCGCACUUGGUUCGCCAGGAUCCAAACUCAUGUACUUUGUUGUGACUGGUCGAAUUGUGAUGCAACUCAUGGAUCCUUGCAAAAUUGUCUCACUACAAUUGGUCGGCAUGACGGAAUCUCACUUGCAGCUGUCAGUGAGUUCGUUGGCAAGCUCCAUCAACAUGCAAACCCAUCGCACAAUUCAUAAAUCGUUCCAUGCCGAUGUCCGUUGUGCCGCAAACCGUUUGCAUACAUGUAUGUUUUUGCCAUACCGCUUUCCCCUCCCACGCUGCCCCCGCCUCCCGAGUUCUCGUCACAUUGACCGGUGCCACUGUGCGCCGACUACCAUCGCCGAUAGUUCGUCCGGACGGGUCGCCCUGACCGCCGUCGCAAUGCCUGAACAGCCGACUGCCGAGCAAUGGGAGAAGCACAGGCCUCUCAUUACCAAAUUAUAUACUACCAGAACCCUCAAGCACAUCAAAGAUGAGCUGUAUAAAAGGCAUGGAUUCUAUGCGACAGAGCGCAUGUACAAAGGACGGUUCAAGACCUGGGGUAUCGGGAAGAACAAGAAGCGCAAGCCCUUUGAGGCAUCACUACCCAGAGACGUUGACCCGGGGUCGAAUACUGCCGCCGCACCUCCUAGCGAUAUCUCAAGCCCUACCUCUCCAAUCGAACCAGCCAGUUUUUUCUCGCCGGCACUAACGCCAGGAGAGUCUCCUCACGGCGGUCAUCGAGCUUUUGACGCGCGCUCGACAACCUAUGUCGAUACACCACGCCCAGGGACCCUCCCACCGACACCAGCCACGUAUGGAUACAGUUCCCCAAUUGAAGUAAACCAGAAAGAAGCUAGCAUGACCCCUGACAUGCUUUGCAAAGAAAUCGUGACAUUAGCGACGUUGAUACUCUCGAAACUCGUCUCAGGGCGGCCGCCGACUUUGGCGUGGGACGACUACACCCCCAAGGACGACCACCUCGCGAUAUACCGCACGCUUCAGAAAGAGCUUAAGCAUGAGAGUCAUCUGAGAGGUUGCCUUGUAAACAAUCCAUCAGUUGCAGUCAAGUCGAGAAUGAACGACCAUGUCAACGAGCUGCUAAAGUCAUUUCACCCCGCGGUACCAAUCGGCAUUCUAAGCUCAUUCAACCAAUCAUCGGAUACUGCAGCCAUCAACGAGUUGGCGCACUGUCUAGUGACAUCCUCGACGACCAUCCUACCGAGAGACCACGAGUUUGUCCAAUUAGCGCAGAGAGUAGAACAACUCCUCACAAACACUCUAUUCUCGGAAUUCAAAGCCUGCAUGGAACGCAUUUGCGAUGAUCUGCAAGUCAACGUGCUCAAAGUCCUUGGCAGAUGGAGCUUAGUUAUGGUUUACCUGAUUUUCGUGCUGAACGCCAAAAAGGCAAAAGAUGGACAACAGACGGAUCCCAAGAUCCUGAAUAUGGCAUUGGAGCGGUACACACACGUACAGUGCUCUUACUCAGAUGACCCGAAGCUGAUUGUUCAAUUUGGACACUUCAUCCUAGGCUACUGCGUCCUCGUCGCGUCUGAAGCAGAACUUGCGACCAGUGUGCGCGAUAUGGCAGAGCAAUGCUACAACCGCGCUGAGGCGUACCUCUCGGAGCAGGAGUCUUCGCCAAACUCCAAAUACGCAGAUAUUCAAGAUGCAAAGUCCCAUUUCGGAAAAGCAUGUGCCGUUCUGGCCGACUGUCGCUACGCACAAGGCUCGCAGCAAGCGGACAAGAUGCUUCGCGACGAGAUCCACGACUGGUCGCGGAGACUUUUGCUCGUGUCGAUAGGGUGUCACGUUGAUACGGACAUGGCGACGAUGGCGCAGUUUGAGAGACAGAAGAAGAAGCUAGAGGGGUGGUGUAGAGAUGCGGGUGAUUUGGAGAGGCAGAAGCAACUAGAUUGUAUCCGCGACCUUAUCCUGGGAAACGAGCAACGGCCAAGGGACGGUCCCCUUCUCCCGAGGUUGAAGGUUCCAAAUCACGAUGAAACAUUCAAAAUGUUGUCAUUGUGGGAACUGAACGAUGCAUACGUGUGUAACGCAGAUUGUGUUCUUGAUAAGGCGUGGAGAGCUGGAGCAGUCGAACAUUCACGAAUUGGCUUGGUCCACUAUUUGGACCAAGCAAUCAGUCGCAGAUUUGCGGAUAAGUGGACUACGUUGUACGUCAUGUCCAUCUUGGUGUGGAAACCAACAGUGGUCGCGACCCAGAAAGCCGGACGAAAAUGUCCGAAGGUUGAUAUCAUUAUUGCGCUUGAGCGGCUCUUUGCGUUUACCUUUGGCUACUAUCUCGUCUCCGCCGUCAUCUCUCGUCACUGGUCACUUUACAUCAUCCAUCGGCCCUUCAAACAUGUACUUCACUCAUCUCGCAGAAAAGUGGCUCUGUUAUCUCAAUCCUCGUCGCCUUUUCGGAUCAUUCUAACAACACAAUCACAAUUCCAAGGCGUAGGAUCAAUCAUCACCGACGAACCAUCGCCAACUCCCGAUUCAACCAAUCACAAGCUUAAUCCAUACCUUGUAACUCUUCGUCCAAUCAAAAUGUCAGUCAACCGUAACGUUGAGUCCAUCAACAACAAGCAGGGCGAGUUCCACCCCAGCGUCCCUCGUUCAGAGCCCCUCACAACCAAAGGCCACGCCCCUGGCACCAAAGUCGGCAACGACGCAUACCCCGAGUUCCACACCCAAGCAUACCCUGCCGGCACAGCACCCAGAGAAAAUACCUUCCAGCCUCAGAACGCGCAAGAGAUCCCCGGCCAGGCUCUGAACCCCGAGGCUACCACGUAUACGGCCGCGCACGAUUUCCCUGGUGCCACGAGCGGGGACGUCCACACUGGGCUGGGUAAGCCUGUACAGGGCCAAACUAGCGCCGAGCUGCACGGGGCUAACCUUGGUCGCCGUGACCAAGAGAGCGCCGGACUUGAGGGAGUCGGAGCUUUUGGCAAGCACAACUUCAGAGAGCGGCGGUUGGAUGUUGACCAGGAGCCCGAUGCUCGUGGCAAGACGAAGAAUGCAUCGAAUGUUCUCGGCGCGGAAGAGAGAUUACCUGUGUCGGCUGAAGCGGUCGCUAGUGAGCGUCGAUAA